GGAUUAUCCUUGCUCAGUCAAUGCUGACUCCACAAGAUCACAUCAUGAAUGACUCAAAUUGCGAAGUUUGGAUGUAUUCUUUCGUUAAGACCACAGAAGCCAAAGUUCUUCGUUUCACUUACAUCUUAAAUUGUACCUUGAAUAUUUUCUUGUCCCUUAGCGCGAUUUUGCUGAAUACUGUGACGAUGUACGCGAUGCAAAAAACGUCCUCGUUGCCAAAGAAUUUGAAGACACUGCUGUUGAGCCUGGCUGUUUCUGAUGUUGGUGUUGGCUUGCUUGUUCAGCCAUUUUACUCGUCACUGCUGAUCAAGUGCUUGCAAAGAAACAUUCCCAGCUGUAACACGUUUAACGUGUUUGGAAUAAUUUGUGGCUUUUUUUCUGUAGCUUCAUUCUUAGGUAUCGUGGCUGUAAGUGUGGAUAGAUUCUUGGCUAUUCAUCUUCAUCUCAGAUACCAGGAACUUGUGACUCACAAGCGCGUUGUCGUUGUAGUGAUCUCAAUAUGGCUGCUUAGCGCAUCUGGCUCUUCGAUGCAUCUUUGGGUCUCAUCCUUAGUUCAUUCGUUAUGUUACAUAGUAAUUGUUAUUUUGUCUGUUCUUAUCACGGCAUUGGUUUAUAUCAGAAUUUAUUUAACUGUUCGACUCCAUAAGAAGAAAAUGCAGGCUCUAAAAGGACAGCUAAAACAAGAAAACAGAAGCGAAAUGGAAAAUGUUGCUUCCGUUGUUAAAUCUGUGGUCGGUAUAUUCUACGUGUAUCUCGUAUUUCUAGCUUGCUAUUUGCCUAUUAUUGUUCAUUUAGCCAUCGCCGAGAUGACCACAACCACGAAUAACGCUAUGAAGAGAUUUUACCUUUACUCAUAUACUGUCGUAUUUCUGAAUUCAUCUCUGAACCCAAUAGUUUACUGCUUAAAGAUGAGACACGUUAGAUGUGCUGUCAAGGACGUACUGCAGAAGAUGUUUUGGUACAGAAACCGCGUAUUACACUUAUCUUAG